GAGUAGGAUGUUACUAGCAUCCGCCGUAGUGGUAUGGGAAUGGCUGAACGAGCACGGACGCUGGCGGCCCUACAGCCCGGCUGUCUGUCAUCACAUCGAGGCAGUCAUCCGGAGCGACCCGCGGUGUGGUAGUGUCGUCCUCGGCCAGGUGGACUCUCGCCUCUCGCCCUACAUCAUCGAUUUGCAUUCCAUGCACCAGUUCCGACAAGACACAGGUACCCUUCGACCGGUACGACGUAGCUUCUACGACCCCACGUCAGCGCCAGGCCAGGGCUGGUUGUGGGAGUGGGAGAACGACGCUGGCAGUUGGACGGCGUACGACACGGAGGUGGGCAUCGCCAUCCAGGCGGCACGUGAUCGUCAGCAGCCCUGGCUGGACCUGGCGCCGCUGGGUUUCUGCUACCUCAUUGACUUCGAAAGCAUGACGCAAAUCAACGGGCAGACGCAGCGCUGCAGGCGCAUCCAGCGUCGCUCUGACCUGGCUUACCCGUUGGUGUCCGGGCCCCUGCCCAAAUCCCACCACGCCUGGGGGCCCAUGUCCAUGCCCAGCCAUGGAGGACUGCUUGGUGUGGAUGUAUCUGGAGUGGGUAUGGGGAUCAGGAUGAGCAGCAGUGGGACUGGAAACGGUAGUGCGUACCCCAGUGGGGCGCUCCCUGCCUCAGCCAUCACCUCCUUGGGGCAGCCUUGCGCCUGUCAGCAGUGCAUGUUGGUGCUAAGUGUCAAAGCAGGCGCCAUGUCGGCCGCUCACACUCUGGGUCGGAGACCGCCGCAGACCAAGCCACCCAGUCCCAAAAUCAGCAGCCACCCUGUCCCAGGAGGGUCGUACUCUCUAACCCUCCCUCGGCCUCCUUCCCUGUCACGAUCAUUCUCCCCCCACAGGACGUCCAUAGUUGGUGCGACAGGUGGCUUCAGUGUAGGUGGUAUGGGUGGUCCAGGGGGCGUAGGUAUCGUCAGUGGUAGUGGUGUUGGCAGCGCCAGCCUUGGUUUUGGAGGAGGCUUCACCCACUCUCUUUCCCUCCUUGGCUCAGCCACUGCCGCCCUCUCCAUCUCCUCCACCCGUCCCCCUCCUCCACCUCUCCCCCCUCCUCCUCCACCUCCUCCUCCACCCUCCACCACACUCUCAUCUGUCGCCAUCCCUCCCCCUCACCCCUCCACCUCGUCCUCCCUGUCCGCUUCCUGUUCCGCCCCUACAGUGCCCGCUCCUGGCCCCCCUCUCAUCUCCACGGCUGCCUCCACCUGCACGCCGUCGCCUUCCGCCCGAGUCCUGGGUCCAGUGUCUUCAUCUGGUGCUGCUGCGUGUGCAGCUCCUCUGCCGCCCCGGUCCAGCCUAGCAGGGCUGAGCCGACCUGCACUGCAGCGUAUCGCCAUGGCUCAGUCACGUGCCCUUAUCGCCUCUGGAGUGCCAACAGUUCCAGUGAAGAACCUGAAUGGAUCGAGCCCUGUGCACCCUGCGCUUGCAGGCAUUACAGGCAUCCUGAUGAGCGCAGCUGGACUUCCUGUCUGCCUGACCCGUCCUCCCAAGCUGGUGCUUCAUCCUCCACCUGUCAGCAAGAGUGACAUCAAGCCCGUGCCCGGCCUGGGCCACUGCUGCCGCAAGACCACAAAGAAGCAGGCUCGCAAAGGCAAAACCCCUGAGGAGGUCGUGAAGAGGUACCUUCAGAAAGUCCGCAAUCCCCCAGAGGAGGACUGCACCAUCUGCAUGGAGGCCCUGGCCGGACCAUCGGGCUACAAAGGCCCCGGUGUGGGUGGCAUCUCCCGGGCCGAGUCGGUGGGCCGCCUGGCGCAGUGUGGUCACCAGUACCACCUCCAGUGCCUCGUUGCUAUGUACAACAACGGCAACAAGGAUGGCAGCCUGCAGUGUCCCACCUGCAAGACCAUCUAUGGCGUGAAGACCGGCAACCAGCCCCCAGGCAAGAUGGAGUACCAUGUCAUUCCCCACUCGCUACCCGGACACCCGGACUGCAAAACCAUCCGGAUCAUUUACAACAUCCCUCCUGGCAUCCAGGGCCCAGAGCACCCAAAUCCAGGCAAACCCUUCACUGCCCGUGGCUUCCCCAGACACUGCUACCUCCCUGACAGCGAGAAGGGACGCAAGGUUCUGAGGCUUCUUCUGGUAGCAUGGGACCGCCGGCUCAUUUUCUCCGUGGGUACGUCCAGCACCACCGGCGAGUCUGAUACAGUCAUCUGGAACGAGGUGCACCACAAGACGGAGUUUGGCUCCAACCUGACAGGCCACGGCUACCCCGACCCCGGCCACUUGGACAACGUCCUCGAGGAGCUCAAGGCUCAGGGCAUCACCGAGGAGGAGUGUCUACCCAGAGACUGAAUGGACAUUUAAGACACUGAAGACACGAGAAACCAGGCUGGAGUCUGUAAACACAAUCCUGGGCCAGGAUCCGCAACUGGAUGGACAAAUUUUUGUGAAAAUCUGAUCGAGUAAACUAAGAACUUUUACCACCAGAGAUGGAAAACAACUUCAAAAAUCAAAACUCUUUACAGGAACGUUACAGAAAUUGUUUCAGCAGAAUUUGCUGUGAACAAAAUCUCUCUUACGACUGCAUGAGUCAGUUUCGAUACGUGGGAAACCAUUUUUUCUCCUGAUACAGUGUCAAGAUGGCAGAUGUUAUCCAGUGAGACAUUUGAGUCCACUGUGCACAUACGAGUCAGUGUUAGAUUUAAAAAAAAAUCAUUUAUACUGUGAGACUUCAUAUCAAGAAUGUAAUUAAAGUGAAUUUUGCUGAAUUGAUGAAGUGUUUACCACUACUACUGCUGCUGCUAUGUGGAACUGAAACCUGAAGAAAAGAAAUGAGGUCUGUAAGUUUUUUGAAGUGUUAGUCCACAAGCAGAAGAAACUUGUCACUGCAGAUAAAUAUUUCAAGUGUAUAA